UAUUGCAACUAUUAGCAACGGCUGUCAUUACCAACGAGAGAAGGGAUCUGUUGAGGAAAACAUAUUCAUUGUAGUUUGUGCGAAUUGGGCAACCAGGUCGUUAGGAUUUCAAGAAUUGGAAUGCAGGAAUGAAACUGAUUUAGAAUUUGAAAUUACAUAGACUGAGAUUUCGCACGCCAAAAGGCCAGAAUGGCGUCGGAUUUAGAACUCGGCGAUAGCCGAGUGGAGUUCGUAGCUGACUAUGUGAUCAAAACACUGAAAGUUAAACCUGACAAGUUUUCAAAAAUGUACAGUCAAGAGGAAACAAAGAUGAUGUUCAUGGAUUUUUUUGACAAAGCGGACAUUUUUUCUUUGGUGGUUAUAUCAUCAGGCAGCGGCGCUUUGAGUGUCCAGUAUGAAUGGCCAACGAAUCCAAAAGCUAAAGCGUGCUACUUCGUGAAGAGGGGGCGAGACGGUAUUCAGAAAGACACAGAUUUUAGAAAAAGUUUCAUUUAUGGUGAUUUGUCAUAUGCGCCAUUGGAUCAACUAUCUGCAUUUGUUGAUGAGGUACUAGUUCCUCUGCUAUCAAAUGACAGGAACCAUGAACAAUGGCCCCAGGUGGUAUCAAACGAUGUUACUCGUCAUGUGCACAAUCUGAAAAGCAAUGUGUAUGUGGUGUCUGGUCAGGCCAAGGGGAAAACACUGUUGCCUCUACCAGUGGGAGCAGAGAGGGUUGAACAAGCUGACGAUGAUAAGGAUUCCUUUGACAGAACAUUGAUUCAUGCAAUUGAGUCUGUGAUCAUUGAGUGGACUCACCAAAUCAGAGACGUCCUCAAGAGGGAUUCUGCCCAGCCCAUCCUUGAAGGUCUCCACCCAACACCAUUUGUGGAAAUUGAGUUUUGGAAAAACAAGGCGACCAAUUUGGAAUGUAUAUAUGACCAGCUUCGGGACUCAAAAGUCAGAAAGAUGGCAGAGUUAUUGGAGCGGACUCAGAGUAGCUAUUUCCCUACUUUCAAAGACAUCUUCAGAGAUGUAGUGGCUGCCCUUACUGAAGCACAAGAUAUCAAUAUGUACAUGACACCACUGCGUCACCAUUUUGAGGACUAUGAACAGGCUGAAUUUGAUGAGAGCAUUCCAUUACUGGCCCCUAUGAUGCAGACAGUGUGUCUGGUCUGGUCUCACUCUCAGUACUACAACACACCAGCUAGGAUCAUCGUCUUGCUGAAGGAGAUGUGUAACAUGAUGAUCAAUUUGGCAUCAAACUACUUGGAACCUACAGAGAUCUUUAAGGGAGAACUGGAAGAAACAAUUGAAAAAGUACGCAAAGCUUGCGAUGUUCUGAAUGCCUUUAAGGCCACCUAUGAGGACCAUAAGAACAAACUGAAGAGCUACUUUCCAGAGGGAACUGAACCAAGGCUAUGGGAAUUUGCUCCCAAACUAGUAUUUGCAAGAUAUGACAAAUUCCUUGAGAGAGUCGAAACUGUGAAGGAAUUGAUGGAGACUGCUCUGGAAUUCAUGAAGCUGGAGAAAAUAGAAUUAGGUGGAAUCAAGGGUAAGAUGCUCAGUCAACAAGUCGUACAGCUGUUUGAAGAGUUCAAUGCCCAAUACAAGGUGUUCACAGAGAAGAACUACGACUGUCUUGACCCAGCGAGUAAUGAGUUUCAUGAUGACUACAAUUCUUUCUUGGAGAAAGUGUUUGACUUUGAUAGAAGACUUGCUACCAUCAUCUGUCAAGGAUUUGAUGACUGUUCGGGACUGGAAGCUCAGUUUAAGCUGCUGGACAUUAUGGGCAGUCUGCUGGAGAGAGAGAUGAUUAAGAAGGACUUUGAAGAGAAAUAUCCCAUGGUCAUUGCAACACUGCACAGAGAAUUAGACAUGGUUAAAGUUAUCUAUGAUAAGCAGAUGGAGGUUAAAGAAGGUACAGGCAAGGCUGCUAUACACAAGAAUAUGCCUAAAGUGUCUGGUAGCCUGAGGUGGGCACAGGAGAUUAGGGAGAGGAUUACCAUUCCAAUGAGUAGUUUUAAACAUUUGGAACAUCAAUGUAUGCAGUCGGAAGAUGCAAAGUUGGUUUUCACCAAAUAUGAAGAAAUGUUGCAACUUCUCAGUGGAUGGGAUGAGGAAAUAUACAAGGAAUGGGUAGCAGGUGUCAGCGAAGCCUGCUCUUUCAAUCUUAGCCAGUCACUGUUGAUGAGAAAUGAAGAAACCAAGUUAGUGUCUGUGAACUUUGAUCCCCAGCUGACAGCUGUGCUGCGAGAAGUGAAGUAUUUGGAUUCUCGUGAAAAGGAGGAGAUACCUGAAAGUGCCAGUACUAUUUUUACAAGGAAUGACACUCUUUGGAAGUUUGUGACAAACUUAGAUCUGACUGUACACCUGUACAACAAAGUACGCAAGACUGUUCUGGAAGUAGAGUUCCCUCUGAUAGAGAGCCAGCUCCAGGACAUAGAUAGGGAACUGGAACAGGCUGAGAAGACCUUGAACUGGAAUGGGGAAGGUGUAUGGGAGUAUAUCGAAAAGACAAGAGACCAUGUGAUAGAUUUAGAAUCCAGAGUACAAAAAGCCAAAGAUAAUGUGGAAGAGAUUAAGAAACUGAUGAACACCUGGAGCAAACAGCCUUUGUUUGAAAGAAAGGAAGACAAGCAUGAGACCCUCCUCAACCUCGAGGACAGGAAAGACCGUAUCAACAAGCGGUACACAGAGAUUAAAAACAUUGGAAACAAGAUACAUGAGCUUCUCAAGAAAAACCUUGAGUUCUUCAAAGCAGAUGCCUCUUCUGAUAUAUGGAAGGCUUAUGUUGACUAUGUGGAUGAAAUGAUUGUAGAUGGAUUUUAUGCCACCAUACACUGCAGUGUGAAAUUUAUGUUAGACAACACAGACAGCAAGAAUAACCCUGACUCUCUGUUUGAGGCCAUGCUGGAACUCCAAGCCCCAGAGAUGAUCUUCCAGCCAUCAUUAGACUAUGGUGUGGCUGAUGGUUUCUAUGACCUUGUAGAUGGACUGAUUGGAGACAUCUAUAAACAAGCAUCUCUGAUACCUCGUCUGGCUGCACACAGUGGGCAGGAACACUAUCAGCCCGAUCUCGAGGACAUGGAAGAACUGUCAGAAAUGCGUCAGGAACUGAUGGACCGCAUAACAAACAUUAUGAACAAAGCCUGUGAAUACAGAAAUUCCUUUGAUAACUACUCGUAUCUUUGGACAGAUGACAGGAAUGAGUUCAUGCGUCAGUUCCUGCUGUAUAACCAUGUCCUCACAACAGAAGAAAUUGAGGCUCAUGCUGAAGAAGGUGUACCAGAAAAUCCUCCAACUCUCAAGCAAUUCAAAGAACAGAUUGACACAUAUGAGAAAAUAUAUGAAGAGGCUGAGCAGGUAGAACCAAUUACGAUAUUUGAAACCUGGUUCAGAGUCAACUCAAAGCCAUUCAAACAAGCUCUUCUUAACACAAUCAAGAGAUGGAGCUUCAUGUUCAAACAGCAUCUGAUUGACCACGUGACCAACAGCUUGCGUGAACUGGGUGACUUCAUCAAGUCAACUGAUGGAGGAUUGACCAAGCUUGUUGAGGAGGGAGACUACACCGGACUGGUUGACUGCAUGGGCUAUUUAUUUGCUGUCAAGGAGAGACAGGCCACUACAGAUGAAAUGUUUGAACCUUUGAAGCAGACAAUUGAACUUCUCAAGACCUAUGAUCAAGAAAUGCCAGAAGAAGUUCAUUUGCAGCUCCAGGAAUUGCCAGAACAGUGGAACAACACCAAAAAGAUUGGCAUCACCGUCAAACAACAGGUGGCACCAUUGCAAGCCACAGAAGUGGCCAACAUUCGCAGGAAAACAGCAACCUUUGAUGUAAACCAGCACAAGUUCAGAGAAAAAUUCCGAGGCAUACCACCUUUCAAAUAUGACUGUGAAAAGGCGUACCAACAUAUAGACAAAUACCAUGAAGAGAUUGCUACCAUGGAAAAAGAAAUGAGUGACUUGUUGGAUUCUGCUGGGUUGUUUGAAGUCAAUGUGCCUGACUUCAAGCAAUUGAAGCAGUGUCGUAAAGAGAUUAAGCUACUAAAGACCCUUUGGGAUUAUAUUGUCAUGGUACGCAGCAGUGUUGAUGACUGGAAGACCACACCAUGGAAGUCUAUCAAUGUGGACCAGAUGGACAUGGACAGCAAGAAAUUUGCCAAGGACAUCCGAACUCUAGAUAAGGAGAUGAGGGCCUGGGACUCAUAUCUUGGACUGGAAAACACAGUCAAGAACAUGCUGACUUCUCUGAGGGCAGUCAGCGAGCUCCAAAAUCCUGCCAUCAGAGACAGACAUUGGCAGCAACUUAUGGCAGCAACAAAGGUACGCUUUGUUAUGGAUGAUAGUACCACCCUGGCUGACUUGCUACUACUUAACUUGCACAACUUUGAGGAUGAGGUACGUGGCAUUGUAGACAAAGCAGUGAAGGAGAUGAGUAUGGAGAAGGUACUAAAGGAACUGGACACCACCUGGACUACAAUGGAGUUUGACCACGAGCCACAUCCACGUACAAAGAUCACUAUGCUGAAAACUAGUGAGGAGCUGAUUGAAACUCUAGAGGACAACCAGGUUCAACUCCAAAAUAUGCUGUCCUCCAAGUAUAUUGCCCAUUUCCUUCAAGAAGUGUCAAGUUGGCAGAAGAAGUUAUCCACUGCUGACCAGGUCAUCUCCAUCUGGAUGGAAGUCCAGCGCACAUGGUCUCAUUUGGAGAGUAUUUUUAUUGGGUCUGAAGAUAUUAGAGCUCAGCUUCCAGAAGACUCCAAGAGGUUUGAUGGAAUUGACAAUGACUUCAAGGAACUGGUGUCAGAAAUGGAGAAAACGAAGAAUUGUGUUGAGGCAACCAACCAGCCAAACCUGUAUGAGCGCCUUGAGGCCCUGCAGGGAGCCCUGACUUUGUGUGAGAAGGCACUUGCAGAGUACUUGGAGACCAAGCGUCUUGCCUUCCCUAGGUUUUACUUUGUCUCAUCUGCAGAUCUGCUAGACAUCCUGUCUAAUGGGAACAACCCAACAGCUGUUCAACGUCACUUGACCAAGUUAUUUGACAGCAUGGCCAAGCUGAAACUGAUACAGGAUGACCAGGGUAAUGACACCAAGACAGCCACUCUCAUGUGGAGUAAGGACGGUGAGACUGUGGAGCUGGACAAAGAAUGUGACCUUGGAGGCCAGGUGGAAGUGUGGCUGAUGCGGCUUCUUAAAGCCAUGUGUAGCACAGUGAGACAUGAGAUGACUGAGGCUGUGGCUGGGUAUGAGGAGAAGCCUAGAGAACAAUGGCUGUUUGACUUCCCAGCUCAGGUAGCCUUGUGUGGUACACAGAUCUGGUGGACAACUGAGGUCAACAUUGCCUUUGGUAGACUAGAGGAAGGCUAUGAGAAUGCCCUCAAAGACUACAAUAAAAAACAGGUUGCCCAGCUCAACAGCCUUAUCGGUAUGCUGGUUGGUCAGUUAUCCAAGGGUGACCGUCAAAAGAUUAUGACCAUCUGUACCAUUGAUGUGCAUGCUCGAGAUGUGGUUACCAAGCUGAUAGCAACCAAAGUGGACAGUUCUCAGGCCUUUGCCUGGCUGUCACAACUUCGACAUAGAUGGGAUGACAAUGAUAAGGACUGCUAUGCAAACAUCUGUGAUGCUCAGUUCCGCUACUCCCAUGAAUACCUGGGCAACACUCCACGUCUUGUAAUCACUCCUCUGACUGACAGAUGCUACAUCACCUUGACCCAGUCACUUCACUUGAUCAUGAGUGGUGCCCCAGCAGGUCCUGCUGGAACAGGCAAGACCGAGACCACCAAAGACUUGGGUAGAGCUCUCGGUGUCAUGGUAUAUGUGUUCAACUGCUCUGAACAGAUGGACUACAAGUCAAUUGGAAACAUCUACAAAGGGCUGGCUCAGUCUGGAGCCUGGGGUUGCUUUGAUGAGUUCAACCGUAUUGCAGUAGAAGUGUUGUCUGUGGUAGCCGUUCAGGUAAAAUGUAUCCAGGAUGCUAUUCGUGACAAAAAGUCUAUUUUCAACUUCCUUGGAGAAACCAUCAAACUUCUACCCACUGUCGGCCUGUUCAUCACCAUGAACCCUGGUUAUGCUGGUCGUACUGAGCUUCCAGAAAACCUUAAGGCCUUGUUCAGACCGUGUGCUAUGGUGGUGCCAGAUUUUGAGCUGAUUUGUGAAAUCAUGUUGGUGGCUGAAGGCUUCCUGGAAGCCCGUCUCCUGGCCAGAAAGUUCAUUACUUUAUACAGCUUGUGUAGGGAACUCUUAUCAAAACAGGACCAUUACGAUUGGGGACUGCGUGCCAUCAAGUCUGUUCUUGUGGUAGCUGGCUCCUUAAAAAGAAGUGACCCGGAACGUCCUGAAGAUCAGGUGUUGAUGAGAGCUCUACGAGAUUUCAACAUCCCCAAAAUUGUCGCAGACGAUACGCCAAUCUUCAUGGGUCUGAUUAUAGAUUUGUUCCCAGCCCUCAACGUACCACGUAAACGGGACUUAGACCUUGAAAAACUAAUCAGAACGGCUACUCUUGACCAGAAGCUGCAGCCUGAGGACAAUUUUAUCCUAAAGUGUAUACAACUGCAAGAGUUGUUUGAGGUGCGUCAUUCAGUGUUCUGCCUGGGAAACGCAGGUGUGGGAAAGAGUAAGGUGUGGGGUACACUCAUCAGGACGUACAGGAACCAGGGCAAAAAACCAAUCGCCAUUGAUCUUGAUCCAAAGGCAGUGACAAACAAUGAGCUGUUUGGAAUCAUCAAUCCUUCCACCAGAGAGUGGAAGGAUGGUUUAUUUUCUGUGAUCAUGCGCGACCUUGCCAACAUGACGGGAGAUGGCCCCAAAUGGAUUGUGCUGGAUGGAGACAUUGACCCUAUGUGGAUAGAGUCCCUUAACACUGUCAUGGAUGACAACAAAGUGUUGACCCUGGCCAGUAAUGAGCGUAUUCCUCUCACCAACUCGAUGAGGCUUCUGUUUGAGAUCUCCCACCUGAGGACUGCCACUCCAGCUACAGUGUCCAGGGCUGGUAUUCUCUUCAUAAACCCUGGUGAUCUAGGCUGGAAUCCGUAUGUCCAGAGCUGGAUAGACACACGUGAGGUCCAGUCAGAGAAAGCCAAUUUGUCAAUUCUCUUUGAGAAGUACAUACCAUUAUGUUUGGAGACCAUGCGUUUCCGCUUCAAGAAGAUCACGCCUGUGGCUGAAGUGUGCCAAAUCCAGAUGUUGUGCUACCUGUUGGAGUGCUUUCUCACUGUGGAUAACACUCCUCCAGACUGCCCCAAAGAACUGUAUGAGCUGUACUUUGUGUUUGCAUGUGUGUGGGCCUUUGGUGGAGUGACGUUCCAAGAUCAGCUUGUAGACUAUCGAGUUGAGUUCACCAAAUGGUGGACAACGGAAUUCAAGACGGUGAAAUUCCCCAUCCAAGGAACAGUAUUUGACUACUACAUUGACAACGAAACAAAAAAGUUUGAGCCAUGGACCAAGCUGGUACAAAAGUUUGAGCUUGACCCAGAUAUCCCAUUACAGGCUGCCUUGGUGCACACAUCUGAGACAACAAGGAUCAAGUUCUUCCUGGACAUGUUGGUGGACAAGAAACGCCCUGUCAUGUUGGUAGGAGGUGCUGGGACAGGCAAGACUGUGUUGAUGAGUGACAAGCUCAACAAUGCCUCAGAAGAAUACAUGAUUGCCAAUGUUCCCUUCAAUUUUUACACCACUUCAGAGAUGUUGCAAUCUAUCCUGGAGAAGCCACUGGAGAAAAAGGCUGGCCGAAACUUUGGACCUCCAGGCACACGCAAGCUCAUCUACUUUGUGGAUGACAUGAACAUGCCAGAGGUAGAUGCCUACUUCACUGUACAGCCUCAUACCCUGAUGAGGCAGCACAUUGAUCACAGCCAUUGGUAUGACAGGGCUAAGCUCACACUCAAGGACAUCCACAACACCCAGUAUGUUGCCUGUAUGAACCCCACAGCUGGUAGCUUCACAAUUGACUCCCGUCUCCAGAGACAUUUUUGUGUGUUUUCUAUGAAUUUCCCAAAUGGGGAGGCAUUGACGACCAUUUAUACCAGCAUCCUGUCCCAGCACUUGGCCCAGAACAGCUUUGCUCAGGCAGUACAGAAGUAUGUCCCAACCAUCAUCAGUGGUGCCUUGGCCCUCCACUCAAAGGUCACUAGCACCUUCUUACCCACAGCCAUCAAGUUCCACUAUGUCUUCAAUCUCAGGGACCUGUCCAACAUUUUCCAGGGCAUGUUAUUUUCUUUACCUGAGUGUGCAAAAACACCAGUGGAAUUGGUUCGUCUGUGGCUGCAUGAAGGAGAAAGAGUGUACAAAGAUAAGCUAGUUGACCAGGCAGACCUUGAAGGAUAUGAUAAAGUGGUCAAAGACAUAGUCAAAAAGAACUUUGAGGACAUUGAUGAGGCCAUUCUGUACAGAGAACCACUGUUGUACUGCCACUUCUCGCAAGGUGUUGGAGAUCCAAAAUACAACCCAGUUACAACUUGGGAGGACCUCAAUAAAAUUCUUGUUGAAGCCCUGGAAAACUACAAUGAACUGAAUGCUGCCAUGAAUCUGGUUCUCUUUGAGGAUGCAAUGAUGCAUAUUUGUAGGAUCAAUCGUAUUCUGGAGUCACCAAGAGGAAAUGCUCUCCUCAUUGGUGUGGGUGGCAGUGGAAAGCAGAGUUUGUCCCGACUUGCUGCUUCAAUCAGCAGUCUGGAUGUAUACCAGAUCACAUUGAGGAAAGGAUACAGCAUUGCUGACUUGAAGCUUGAACUGUCCACUUUGUAUCUGAAGGCUGGACUUAAAAAUAUGGGUAUUGUGUUUCUCAUGACAGAUGCUCAAGUAGCUGAUGAGAGGUUUCUUGUACUCAUCAACGAUUUGUUGGCUUCAGGAGAAAUUGCUGACUUGUUCCCUGAUGAUGAGCUGGAGAACAUCAUCAAUGGCAUCAGAAAUGAAGUGAAGGGGGUAGGACUGGAGGACAGCAGGGAAAACUGCUGGAGGUUCUUCAUUGAUAAAGUGAGGAGGUUGCUGAAGGUUGUACUGUGCUUCUCGCCUGUUGGCUCCACCCUUCGUGUGAGAGGAAGGAAGUUUCCAGCUGUCACCAACUGUACCUGCAUUGAUUGGUUCCACGAAUGGCCAGAGACUGCUCUCAUUUCUGUGUCGUCUAGGUUCCUGGAAGAAAUUGAGUUGCUGGAUGCAGAUAUGAGGGUCUCCAUAUCAAAUUUCAUGGCUUUUGUGCAUCAGUCUGUCAAUGAAACGAGCCAGCAAUAUCUACUCAAUGAGAAAAGAUACAACUACACAACACCAAAGAGUUUCUUGGAGCAGAUCAAACUGUAUGACAACCUUUUAAACAAGAAGAAUGCAGAUUUGCAGGCAAAGAUUAUUCGUUUAGAGAAUGGUUUGGAGAAGCUGAGAAGUACAGCUACACAGGUUGCAGAUUUGAAAUCCAAAUUAGCAUCACAAGAGGUAGAGCUGGCCCAAAAGAAUGAGGAUGCCAACAAGCUUAUCACAGUGGUAGGUGCAGAGACAGAGAAGGUGUCAAAGGAAAAGGCGUUUGCUGAUGAAGAGGAGAGGAAAGUGUCUGUGAUCACAGAGGAAGUUACUAAAAAGGCAUCGGACUGUGAGCGAGAUCUUGCAAAGGCUUUGCCUGCCCUGGAGGCUGCAAAGGAUGCAUUGAACACACUUAACAAGACAAAUUUGACUGAACUAAAGUCUUUCGGUAGCCCCCCUCCAUCAGUCAUCAAUGUCUCUGCAUGUGUCAUGGUUCUGUUAUCCCCUGGCAACAAAAUUCCAAAGGACAGGAGCUGGAAGGCUUGUAAGACCCAGAUGAUGGGUAAGGUAGAUCAGUUCCUGGACAACUUGGUCAAUUAUGACAAAGACAACAUCCAUGAGAAUUGUCUUAAGGCAGCAGAUCCUUACCUGAGUGAUAAAGAAUUUGAUCCUGAGUUUAUCAGGGCUAAAUCUAUUGCUGCUUCAGGUCUGUGCUCUUGGGCAGUUAACAUAGUCAUGUAUUACAAGGUAUUCUGUACCGUAGAACCAAAGCGACUUGCCCUUCAACAAGCAAACUCUGACUUGUCUUCUGCAAGAGAAAAGUUGAGAAUCAUUACAAACAAGAUUCAACAGCUAGAGGCUGAUUUGGGAAAGUUGACUGCAGAGUUUGAACGUGCUACAUCUGAGAAACUGAAGUGUCAACAGGAAGCAGAGAUGACAGCAAAGACAAUUGAGUUAGCCAACCGUCUGGUUGGUGGUCUAGCAUCAGAAAACGUACGCUGGGCUGAUGCAAUCAAUGACUUCAGAGAGCAAGAGAAGACCCUUGCUGGAGAUGUGUUGCUGAUCACUGCAUUUGUGUCCUAUUCUGGCUGCUUCACCAAACAGUAUCGUUUAGAUAUGAUGGACAACCACUGGCUCCCAUACCUGAAUGCCCUGAAAAUCCCUAUUCCUGUGUCCGAAGGAUUGGAUCCAUUGACUCUUUUGACAGAUGAUGCCCAGAUUGCUUCUUGGAACAAUGAGAGUCUCCCUAGUGACAGGAUGUCUACCGAAAAUGCCACUAUUUUGAGCAACUGUGAACGUUGGCCCUUGAUGAUUGAUCCCCAGUUACAGGGUAUCAAGUGGAUCAAAACAAAGUAUGGAGCUGACCUGAAGAUAGUUCAGCUUGGACAGAAAGGAUAUCUGGAUGCCCUAGAACGAGCAGUCUCAUCAGGAGAUGUGGUGUUAAUUGAGAACUUGGGAGAAUAUGUGGAUCCUGUCCUAGAUCCUCUCAUUGGCCGCAACACCAUAAAAAAAGGACGUGCCAUCAAAAUGGGAGACAAGGAGGUUGAGUACCACAAAGAUUUCCGACUCAUUCUGCAGACCAAGUUGGCUAACCCUCACUACCAGCCAGAAAUGCAGGCUCAGGCAACUCUCAUCAAUUUUACUGUGACCAAGGAUGGUCUGGAGGACCAGCUGUUGGCUGCUGUAGUCAGCAAGGAAAGGCCUGACCUUGAGAAACUCAAAGCAGACCUCACUCGUCAACAGAACCAGUUCAAAAUCACCCUGAAAGAGUUGGAGGACUCACUUCUUGCCCGUUUGUCUGCAGCUGAAGGGAACUUUUUGGGAGACUAUGCACUAGUAGAAAAUCUGGAAACUACAAAGAGAACUGCUGCAGAAAUUGAAGUGAAAGCUGAAGAGGCUAAGAAAACCGAGAUAGAAAUUAACAUUGCUCGCGAAAUCUACAGACCAGCAGCUGCCCGGGCUUCCCUACUCUAUUUCAUUCUCAAUGACAUGCACAAAAUCCACCCUAUGUAUCAGUUCUCUCUGAAGGCCUUCAGCGUGGUGUUUGAGAAAGCUAUAGACCGAGCUGAGGUGGCAGAGGAAGUGAAGGCAAGAGUCAACAACCUGAUUGACUGUAUCACCUACUCAGUGUUCAUGUAUACAGCAAGAGGACUCUUUGAGAGGGACAAGAUCAUCUUCACAGCCCAGAUGGCAUUUCAAAUCCUUUCAACAAACAAGGAAUUGAAUCCUGUAGAAUUGGACUUCCUUCUCCGUUUCCCUGCAGUGCCAAAUGUUAUUUCCCCUGUUGAUUUCAUGAACAACAACAGCUGGGGAGGAAUCAAGGCUAUGGCGAACAUGGAUGAGUUUAGAAACUUGGACAGAGACAUUGAAGGGUCUGCCAAACGAUGGAAAAAGUUUGUAGAGAGCGAGUGUCCUGAAAAGGAAAAGUUCCCUCAGGAGUGGAAGAACAAGACAACUCUGCAGAAACUGUGUAUGAUGCGUGCACUCCGUCCAGACAGAAUGACAUAUGCUGUCAAGAACUUUGUGGAAGAAAAGAUGGGUACCAAAUUUGUUGAGGGCAGAUCUGUGGACUUUGCUACAUCCUAUGAAGAAUCUGGUCCUGGCACCCCAAUCUUUUUCAUCCUUUCUCCAGGAGUGAACCCUUUGAAGGAUGUUGAAGCUCAUGGAAAGAAGCUUGGAUUUACAGAAGAUAACAACAACUUCCAUAACAUCUCCCUAGGUCAGGGUCAGGAGGUGGUGGCCGAGCAAGCUAUGGAUCUGUCUGCCAAGGAGGGUCACUGGGUCGUCUUACAGAAUGUCCACUUGGUAGCAAAGUGGCUGUCAACGUUGGAGAAGAAAAUGGAGAUUUACAGUCAGGAGAGUCAUGAAAGUUACAGACUGUACAUUAGUGCAGAGCCAGCAGGUUCCCCGGAAUACCACAUCAUCCCACAGGGCAUUCUUGAGUCUGCUAUAAAAAUCACAAAUGAACCUCCAACAGGAAUGUUUGCCAACCUGCACAAGGCCCUAGAUAACUUCAACCAGGACACCAUGGAAAUGUGUGCUAGAGAGACAGAGUUUAAGAGUAUCCUGUUCUCAUUGUGCUAUUUCCACGCUGUGGUAUGUGAGCGGCGUAAGUUUGGCCCUCAGGGCUGGAACAGGGUGUAUCCCUACAACACUGGAGAUCUCACGAUCAGUGCCAUGGUGCUGUACAACUACCUGGAAGCUAAUGCGAAGGUUCCAUGGGAAGAUCUCCGCUAUCUGUUUGGCGAGAUCAUGUACGGAGGACACAUUACAGAUGACUGGGACAGAAGGCUUUGUAAGACAUACCUUGAGGUCUACAUGCAUUCUGAGAUGAUGGAUGGUGAACUGUACCUGGCCCCAGGAUUCCCCAUUCCACCCAACUCGGAUUACAAGGGCUACCAUGCAUACAUUGAUGAGUGUCUGCCCCCAGAGAGUCCCUACCUGUACGGCCUACAUCCAAAUGCAGAGAUCGAGUUUUUGACCACGACAUCAGAGACUUUGUUCAGGACUGUGUUUGAAAUGCAACCCCGUGAGGCAGGAGCAGGAACUGGUACAGGUGUCAGUAGAGAGGAGAAGAUUAAAUCCAUACUAGAUGAGAUUAUGGAGAAGCUACCUGAAGAGUUCAACCUUGUUGAAAUUCAAGCCAAGGUGCCCCAAGAUGAGAGGACCCCAUAUGUUUUAGUGGCAUUCCAGGAAUGUGAACGUAUGAAUAUGCUGACUAGUGAAAUCCGGAGAUCAUUGAAAGAGCUAGAUCUUGGUCUCAAGGGUGAGCUAACAAUAACAGCUGAUAUGGAGACCCUAGGAAAUUCCAUGUACUUGGAUGUUGUACCUGUGAGCUGGACAAAGAGAGCUUACCCAUCCUUGAUUGGCCUCACUCUUUGGUAUGCCGAUCUUCUGCUUCGUAUCAAGGAACUAGAAACUUGGACAUCAGACUUCCAACUUCCUGCUGCAGUAUGGCUUGGAGGGUUCUUCAACCCCCAGUCCUUCCUGACUGCCAUUAUGCAGCAGAUGGCCCGUAAGAAUGAGUGGCCUCUUGACAGAAUGUCACUACAGUGUGAUGUGACAAAGAAGAGUCGAGAAGAUAUGGCUGGCCCACCACGUGAGGGUGCUUAUGUCCAUGGUCUGUUCAUGGAAGGUGCUCGCUGGGACAUGCAAACAGGUAUGAUCUCUGAAGCCCGACUUAAGGAAUUGGCUCCAGCAAUGCCAGUCAUCUUUAUCAAAGCCAUCCCAGUGGACCGUUUGGAUACAAAGAACAUAUAUGAGUGUCCUGUGUACAAGACUAAGAGUCGUGGUCCAACAUUUGUCUGGACAUUCAACCUGAAGAGCAAGGAGAAGCAGAGCAAAUGGACUCUGGGAGGAGUGGCAUUGCUUCUUCAAGUGUAGACUCGCUCUAUACAGACACUUUGACACUACAGAAUGAUUUGUUUCUUUUGAAUUUGCGAGUUUGCAGAAUAUUUGUUGGUGUUUUUGAAAUUCCAUGAAAGAGACCAUACCUUUUUCAGUCAGAGAACUUUGACAUUUGAAUCAAAUUGAACAAUAGCUAAGGUUCCUUUCGCCAGAACCUUCAAUAUGGAGUGCAUUUGUAUAAAUUUAAUAUUUAACUAUCAAAUUUGAAUAAAAAAUAUAAUAUUUAAAAACUUCUACUUUUACUGAAAUUGGUGUAUAUAUUUUCUGUUGCAAUUAAAUGUUAUAUAUAUCUAAUUGUUAUGGAACUUUAACGUAAUUGAAUUAAUAUUGCCCUUGUCAUUUAUUCAGCUGUAUGAUACGAAGUUGUAGAACAAUGGUGGAAAAUGAUAAGCUUCACUACCUGGUCCAAUACAUUUUAAAAUGAUUUGCCGAAGAGCCAUUUGAUGGCUGUGUGAUGUCCACAAAGACAAAUUGAAUAGGAAUUGAUCAAUCCAUGUUAGUGAACUGUUAGGGUUAGGGUUAGAAAUUGAUCAAUCCAUGUUAGUGAACUGUUAGGGUUAGGGUUAGGGUUAGAAAUUGAUCAAUCCAUGUUAGUGAACUGUUAGGGUUAGGGUUAGAAAUUGAUCAAUCCGUGUUAGUGAACUGUUAGGGUUAGGGUUAGAAAUUGAUCAAUCAAUGUUAGUGAACUGUUAGGGUUAGAAAUUGAUCAAUCCAUGUUAAUGAACUGUUCAUUUGAAGAUCAGGCAUAGAAUACCAAGUAUAUCACAAUGUACCUUUUGAAAUGAAUGUGCUGUUUUAGGGUUAGGGUUGGGUUAGGGUUAGGGUUCGAAAUUGAUCAAUCCAUGUUAGUGAACUGUUAGGGUUAGGGUUAGAAAUUGAUCCAUCAAUGUUAGUGAACUGUUAGGGUUAGGGUUAGAAAUUGAUCAAUCCAUGUUAGUGAACUGUUCAUUUGAAGAUCAGGCAUCGAAUACUAAGUUUAUCACUAUGUACCUUUUGAAAUGAAUGUGCUGUUUUGAAUAAAAUAUUUAUUUUGUUAUUAAAUGUGUUAAAAAAA